GAUUUCUUACACGUGAGCGGCAGCAUGGCGGCUCACCGCUCCGGUCCGCUGAAGCAGCAGAAUAAAGCUCAUAAAGGCGGGCGGCAUCGGGGUCGGGGAUCCGGGCAACGAGACGGCAAGGGCCGUCUAGCAGUGAAAACUCUAAGCAAGAAGGUGAGAAAAGAGCUCAGCCGAGUAGACCAGAGGCAUCGUGCCAGCCAGCUCCGGAAGCAGAAAAAAGAGGCGGUUCUGGCAGAGAAGAGACAACUGGGCAGCAAGGAUGGCCCUCCCCAUCACGUACUCGUGGUGCCCCUGCACAACAGGAUUUCCCUGCCAGAGGCCUUUCGGCUGCUUCAGGACAGCGACACUGGAACAGUACACCUAAGUGAAUGGGGCAGCACCAGUAGUUUUAUGCUCCUGUGCCCGCGGUUAAAACAUCGGUGGUUUUUUACAUCUGCAAAGCCAGGGGAUCUGCACACUGUGUUAGACGUGGCUAAAGUGGCUGAUACCAUCCUGUUCCUCCUUGAUUCAGUGGAAGGCUGGGACAGCACUGGGGAUUACUGCCUUUCCUGCCUCUUUGCUCAGGGCCUUCCCACUUACACACUAGCUGUCCAGGGAGUUUCUGGCCUUCCACCGAAGAAACAAAUAGAUGCCAGAAAAAAGCUAAGUAAAGCAGUGGAGAAGCGCUUUCCUGAUGACAAACUCCUCCUGUUAGACACUCAGCAGGAGGCAGGGAUGCUGCUCAGGCAGUUGGCUAACCAAAAGCAACGGCAUCUUGCCUUUCGAGAUCGGCGGGCCUACCUGUUUGCCCAUGCUGCUGACUUUGUGCCUAGUGAGGAAAAUAACUUGGUUGGCACUUUGAAAGUCUCAGGUUACGUUCGUGGACAGACUCUAAAUGUAAAUAGCUUGCUGCAUAUCAUUGGACAUGGUGAUUUCCAGAUGAAACAGAUAGAUGCCCCCAUGGACCCUUUUCCUUUAAAUCCUAGAGUGAUUAAAUCUCAAAAGGACCAGGGCAUGGCCAUGGAGAUUUGUGCUACCGAUGCUGUAGUUGAUAUGGAGGAAGAUCUUAAAGUCCUAAUGAAAGCAGACCCUGAUAGACAGGAAUCUUUGCAAUCAGAGGUUAUCCCAGAUCCAAUGGAGGGGGAGCAGACCUGGCCCACUGAGGAGGAGCUGAGUGAGGCGAAUGACUUAUUGAAAGAAAGUUCCAAGAUAGUGAAGAAGGUCCCCAAAGGAACAUCCAGUUACCAGGCUGAAUGGAUUUUGGAUGAGGAUGGUCAAAGUGGGGGGGAAGGAGAUGAAUAUGAUGAUACAGAAUAUGAGGAUUUUAUGGAAGAGGAAUCUCAGGAUGAGAGCAGUGAAAAGGAAGAAGAGGAGGAAUGUGAAACUAUGACUAUAGGAGAAUCUGUGCAUGAUGAUCUAUAUGAUGAGAAAGUAGAUGAAGAGGCUGAGGAAAAGAUGUUGGAGAAAUAUAAACAAGAAAGACUAGAAGAGAUGUUUCCAGAUGAAGUGGACACCCCCCGGGAUGUGGCUGCUAGAAUUCGAUUUCAGAAAUACAGAGGCCUCAAGAGCUUCCGGACAUCUCCAUGGGAUCCUAAGGAAAACCUUCCUCAAGAUUAUGCACGGAUCUUUCAGUUUCAGAACUUUACUAAUACUAGAAAACGCAUCUUUAAAGAGAUUGAGGAAAAAGAAGUUGAAGGGGCUGAGGUUGGCUGGUACGUCACACUUCAUGUCUCUGAAGUCCCUGUAUCAGUGGUUGAGUACUUCAAGCAAGGAGCACCCUUGAUUGCAUUUUCCCUACUACCUUAUGAACAGAAGAUGUCAGUAUUGAAUAUGGUGGUGAGCCGGCACCCUGGCAACACUGAACCUGUGAAAGCCAAAGAGGAGCUGAUCUUCCACUGUGGGUUCAGGCGCUUCCGGGCCUCACCUUUAUUCUCCCAGCACACUGCAGCAGAUAAGCAUAAAUUUCAGAGAUUCCUGAUGGCUGAUGUGGCCCUGGUGGCGACGGUGUAUGCCCCAAUCACUUUUCCUCCUGCAUCUGUGCUGCUUUUCAAACAGAACAGCAAUGGAAUGCACAGCCUCAUUGCUACAGGCCAUCUGUUGUCAGUGGAUCCAGACAGAAUGGUCAUCAAGAGGGUUGUUCUGAGUGGUCAUCCUUUCAAAAUUUUGACUAAGAUGGCAGUAGUGCGUUACAUGUUCUUCAGUAGAGAGGAUGUGCUGUGGUUUAAACCAGUGGAACUGAGAACAAAGUGGGGCCGCAGGGGACACAUCAAGGAGCCUUUAGGUACCCAUGGCCACAUGAAAUGCAGUUUUGAUGGGAAGCUAAAAUCUCAGGACACAGUAUUGAUGAACCUCUAUAAACGAGUUUUCCCAAAAUGGACUUAUGAUCCAUAUGUACCAGAACCAGUACCUUGGGUGAAAAGUGAGAUUUCUUCAGCAGUGCCUGAAGUGAACAUGGAGUAAUGGAUUCAAAGGGAUUCUGUCUUAUUGCUGCCAAUUAGCAUUCUAGGGACAGGGGCUUACAGGUUGUGAUUUGGCAAAGUGUAUUUUCUACUUCACCCUACAAGUCUGCUAACCUUUUUUAUAGGCGGCUUUUCUUGGCCUUGACAAGGUGUCUAAGUUAAGUAUAUAUGUUUUUCUAUUGAUACUUAGUCCAAAAAAUAUUCAGUCUUACUGCAAUGUCAACUCUCAGUUGGGAUUUUGAAAACUGUUUAAGAGAAGAUAGAAAUUUGACACUGACCGGGAAACAAAACUUCCAAGUGUCUAGAGACACUGAAACCCAUCUUUUGCAUAAAUUAAACAGCAUCAGAUUGAGAAGAAGCUGACCUUUCAGCCUGCUUCACCCAAGUUAGGGAGGAUAAAUCUACAUUUCCACCACUGAGCACAACACAAAUGUUCUUUACUUCUGGGGAAAUGGUUUGAAAAUGCUGAGACAGCACAGCAGCCAUUCCAACACCAGCUGUAGGUUCAAUGAGUAGUUUCAUCCUCUCCCACACCAGCUGGGUUGCAUACUGUUGGUACAGAAGGGAGUAAGAAUUAGUCAUAUGGGAGAAAGGGAAAGGACCUGGUUGGUUCAGUUAUAAAGGCCAGUUGAAGCUAUAUGCCCAGUCUGAGUUUUCUGGUUGCUCUGUGUGUGUGCCAGUGAAGGGCAGGGCUUUUCUUUUAAUCUCAACUCUGCUUAUUUUGAGAGGCUUGUCUUAAUACAUCUAGGGUACCUCCACAUGUCAUGAAGUCACCUAUACAAGUCCCCAGUAGGUCAGUUGCUACUCAUAAUUGGAGAAGGUUCUUUUUGCCUAAGAAGUUGCUCUAUUUUGUUACUUGCUUUCCUAUUGGAGCCUCACCUUAAUUUCGUCUUCUGUGACAGUGAAGACAUCAUCCACAAGGUCUCUUAUAAUAGGCCAGGUGUUUACGCCAAUGCUGCACUUGACACCAUCGGCUAUGGUUUCUGGAGGAUAAGGAUUGGGGGUCAGUUCCCCUUUCAAUUUGGACUGGUGGCAGUCAUCUGCAUUCAAGGGUUCAGCAGCAUAUACUUUCACACUAGGUCUCAGAGCCUAGGAAGAGGAAUAUUAGACACUUUAUAACUAGCCUCAGCAUUGCCUGCAUGCCUAAAAUAAAGGAGGCAGUAGGGCUACCACAUUGCAGCUCAAGUAAGAGCCUUUCCUUUAAUGGAUAUAAUGAAAAUAUGAUCCUAAAACACUUUAGAAAUAGUUUAAUACUGGCCUUCAGUUGCCUGCAUCACAUCUGGUUCUGCUGGUAAUUUGGGAAAAGAGUAGCCCCUGGCUUGGAUAGUAGGUUGGUGAGGCGAGAGUCAAAGAAAGAACUGCAAGAGUACCACUCAUUGUAACUGCUUUUGUGCUGUAAAGUUGUCAUGGAUUAAGAGGAUACUGAGGCAGAGAAGUGUCAAGGAUGAUGGGAAGGAAUGGCAUUUUGAGGGGAAUGCUGAGCAAGUAUCCACAAUGUACUACAAUGUAAAAUAAAAUCUUCUAUGCCUGAAGU